AGUUGUCAGACGAACGUCGUUGACGACGCGGCUCGCACUUAUCAUAAAAAUGUUCAAUACGAAAAAAUAACAAAAACUAAAAACAAAACUAAAUUAAAUAACAAAUUCAUCAGAUUAAAAGAGAAAUACGAAAACUACGUUCUGCUUCAACGGGUUUGCGUAUUUAACUCAUGACCUUCCUCCACAUUAGAGACUCGUGAAUCGUAAUCGAAAAAGUGGUGACAAAUUGGUGAUAAUUAAAAGCAAUUUACGUUUUUACUUUAGUACUCAACGAAACACAAAACCAUUUGGUUGUUUCUCAUUCACACAAAUGGAGCUGUUUCGUUCUGUGCUUUUCAUAACGCUGCUCUAUCAGCUGCUCGCUGCACUUGGAGUCGGCGUGCAAGCUGCACAGAUUUUGGCGGUUUUUCCAUUUCCCGGCAAAUCGCAGUAUAUAUUUGCAGAGCAAUAUCUGAAAGAGCUAGCCAGAAGGGGCCACAAUGUAACUGUGAUAAAUACAUUUGGCAGCAGCCAAAUCGAUCCCAAUUUCAAAGUAAUCGGUGCGACAAAAAUACAUGAGCUAAUGGCUGCCUUCGGCAGUGCGGACUACGAUCAGCAGGCCAGUCAGUGGACAAUUCUUACCAUGACGACACAGUUCUUAAACAUGCUGACGACCAGUGUGCUGGAUGAUGCCGCUGUGCAGCAGCUACUCCAAUCCGAGCAAGCCUUUGACUUAGUGCUGCUGGAAACUGUGCAGACUGAGGCACUAUUUGGCCUGGCGCAGCACUUUAGAGCACUAACAAUGGGCAUCUCCUCAUACGGCACAGAUCGGCAUAUAGAUGAUCUUAUGGGGAAUAUUUCGCCGCUCUCGUACAAUCCCAUGCUGUUGUCCUCGCGCACCGAUCACAUGAGCUACGAGCAGCGGCUGUGGAACCUUUGGGAUGCCUGCCUCAGCUGGCUGCAUAAGCAUUGGGUUCAUUUGCCCAGCCAGGAGAAGCUCUAUGAGCAAUACUUUCCCCAGGCGAGUAAGACACUGGAGCAGGUACUCGAUAGUUUCUCAUUGAUGCUGCUGGGCCAGCACUUUACGCUUAGCUAUCCGCGUCCCUAUCUGCCCAGCAUGAUUGAGGUGGGCGGUUUGCAUCUGCAGCAGGAGCGAGAUCCUCAACCGCUGCCCGACGAUCUGGCCACGUUUGUGACUGGUGCCAGCCAUGGCGUCAUUUACUUUUCCAUGGGCUCUAAUAUUAAGAGCUCUGAUUUCCCAGCGCCCACGCGUCAGGUGUUGCUCCAGGUCUUUGGCAGUCUCAAGCAGCGCAUUCUAUGGAAAUUCGAGCUGGAGCAGCUGGACGAUCUGCCAGAGAAUGUGCUGAUUAGCAAAUGGUUCCCACAACCGGAUAUUCUGGCUCAUCCCAAUGUGAAACUCUUCAUCACCCAUGGCGGUCUUCUCAGCACCAUUGAGAGCAUCUACUUUGGCAAGCCGGUCCUGGGUCUGCCUGUCUUCUAUGACCAGCACCUGAAUGUGGAGCGAGCCAAGCAGGCGGGCUAUGGCCUGGUCCUGAAUCUGUGGUCCAUGAAUGCUACCCAGUUGCACGAUCACAUUAUGGAGUUGCUCAGCAAUAUUAGUUAUACGCAGGCGGCGAAAAUAAAGUCCAAGCUAUAUCGCGAUCAGAAGGAUACCCCGCUCGAACGCGCCAUCUGGUGGACGGAAUAUGUACUGCGGCACAAGGGCGCUCCGCAUCUACGUUCAGCAUCGCGUGACCUAAACUUGUUGCAACUGCACAGCCUGGACACGUGGGGUCUGCUCGGUGGCAUCGUUUCACUGCUCGUUUUAGUGAUUCUGUUUGUGCUUUUGCGUGUGCUCAGAAUACUACGCUAUAUUCUGUGUAGACGUUGGAAAACUAAUAAUAAGCUAAAAACACAGUAGACGCUAACGCCAAGACACUUAAUAACACGCAAUGAAAUUAUAGCAUAUAUUUUAUUUGUUGGAGAUUUUUCAAAAUUGUUGUAAUUGGCAACACUAAUAAUUAUUGCCUUUAAGUUUUUACUUACAAUUAUCUGCUUAUUUUUAUUUAUUUUAUUUAAAGAAUAUCUGCUUAUAUUUAUUUUAUGUCUUAAACAGAUUUAUUCUAUGUGAAUUUUGUAGAAUGCUUUCAAGGUUGUAAUUAAAAUAUAUCAAACAUUAUAGAUGAAUCAAUAAAUACUAACGUGAACACAA